CGCCCUUUCCCGCCUGGCCCCAGAGUCCCGCGCCGCCGCUGGUGCCGGUCGCCGUGGUGGGCCCGCCCCCAACCCUCCCGCCGGCCCGCCAGCGCGCCUCACGGUUCCCUCCUUCUCUCUCUCACGCCUAGCGCAAUGGCGGCGGCCGCGGCGGAGCAGCAACAGUUCUACCUGCUCCUAGGAAACCUGCUCAGCCCCGACAAUGUGGUCCGGAAACAGGCGGAGGAAACCUAUGAGAAUAUCCCAGGCCAGUCAAAGAUCACAUUCCUCUUACAAGCUAUCAGAAAUACAACAGCUGCUGAGGAGGCUAGACAAAUGGCUGCUGUUCUCCUAAGACGUCUUUUGUCCUCUGCAUUUGAUGAAGUCUAUCCAACUCUUCCAUCAGAUGUUCAAACCACCAUCAAGAGUGAACUGCUAAUGAUUAUUCAGAUGGAAACACAAUCUAGCAUGAGAAAAAAAAUUUGUGAUAUUGCCGCAGAAUUGGCCAGGAAUUUAAUAGAUGAGGAUGGCAACAACCAGUGGCCUGAAGGUUUGAAGUUCCUUUUUGAUUCAGUCAGCUCGCAAAACAUGGGACUCCGGGAAGCUGCCCUUCACAUAUUUUGGAACUUUCCUGGAAUUUUUGGGAACCAACAACAGCACUAUUUAGAUGUCAUCAAGCGGAUGUUAGUUCAGUGUAUGCAAGAUCAGGAACAUCCUUCGAUCAGGACAUUAUCUGCUAGAGCUACAGCUGCAUUUAUACUUGCAAACGAGCAUAAUGUUGCUCUGUUCAAGCAUUUUUCAGACUUGCUACCUGGAUUCUUACAGGCAGUGAAUGACUCAUGCUACCAGAAUGAUGAUUCGGUCCUAAAGUCCCUUGUUGAGAUUGCAGAUACAGUUCCAAAGUAUUUGCGGCCUCACUUGGAAGCAACUCUACAGUUAAGUCUAAAGUUGUGUGGAGACACCAGCCUCAAUAAUAUGCAGCGCCAGCUUGCCCUGGAAGUGAUUGUGACACUCUCUGAGACUGCAGCUGCUAUGCUAAGAAAGCAUACCAAUAUUGUUGCACAGACUAUUCCUCAGAUGUUAGCAAUGAUGGUUGACUUGGAAGAAGAUGAGGACUGGGCAAAUGCUGAUGAACUGGAAGAUGAUGACUUUGAUAGCAAUGCCGUUGCUGGUGAGAGUGCUUUAGACCGAAUGGCUUGUGGACUUGGUGGAAAGCUCGUGUUGCCGAUGAUUAAGGAACACAUUAUGCAAAUGCUUCAAAAUCCUGACUGGAAAUACCGGCAUGCAGGAUUAAUGGCCUUGUCUGCCAUUGGUGAAGGGUGCCACCAGCAGAUGGAAGGAAUUCUAAAUGAGAUAGUAAAUUUUGUUUUGCUUUUCCUUCAGGAUCCUCAUCCAAGAGUCCGGUAUGCAGCCUGCAAUGCUGUGGGUCAGAUGGCUACAGAUUUUGCACCAGGUUUCCAAAAGAAAUUUCAUGAGAAGGUGAUUGCAGCUUUGCUUCAGACCAUGGAAGACCAAGGCAACCAAAGGGUGCAGGCCCACGCAGCGGCUGCUCUCAUUAACUUCACUGAAGACUGUCCCAAGUCACUGCUUAUUCCAUACUUGGAUAAUCUGGUAAAGCAUCUGCAUUCCAUUAUGGUACUCAAACUUCAGGAGCUGAUUCAGAAAGGCACCAAGUUAGUUUUGGAACAAGUUGUGACAUCCAUUGCAUCAGUUGCAGAUACUGCAGAAGAAAAGUUUGUCCCCUACUAUGACUUAUUCAUGCCGUCACUGAAGCACAUUGUUGAGAAUGCCGUCCAGAAGGAGUUGAGACUGCUGAGAGGGAAAACUAUUGAAUGCAUCAGCCUCAUUGGUCUGGCAGUUGGGAAGGAAAAAUUCAUGCAGGAUGCAUCAGAUGUGAUGCAGCUAUUAUUGAAGACCCAGACAGACUUCAAUGAUAUGGAAGAUGACGAUCCUCAGAUCUCUUACAUGAUCUCAGCAUGGGCCAGAAUGUGCAAAAUUCUUGGAAAAGAAUUUCAGCAAUACCUUCCAGUGGUUAUGGGGCCAUUAAUGAAGACUGCUUCAAUCAAACCAGAAGUAGCCCUUUUGGAUACCCAAGACAUGGAGAAUAUGAGUGAUGAUGACGGUUGGGAAUUUGUGAACCUUGGAGAUCAGCAAAGUUUUGGUAUUAAAACUGCAGGGCUGGAAGAGAAGUCAACUGCUUGCCAGAUGCUGGUUUGCUAUGCUAAGGAAUUAAAGGAAGGCUUUGUGGAAUACACCGAACAGGUUGUCAAACUGAUGGUGCCUCUACUGAAGUUUUAUUUCCACGAUGGUGUUCGAGUGGCGGCGGCAGAGUCCAUGCCUCUUCUCCUGGAGUGUGCACGAGUCCGGGGUCCCGAGUACCUUACACAGAUGUGGCACUUCAUGUGUGACGCUCUCAUCAAGGCCAUUGGCACAGAACCAGAUUCAGAUGUCCUCUCAGAAAUAAUGCAUUCUUUUGCAAAGUGCAUUGAGGUCAUGGGAGAUGGAUGCCUUAAUAAUGAGCACUUUGAAGAGCUGGGGGGUAUACUGAAAGCAAAACUUGAAGAGCAUUUUAAAAAUCAAGAAUUGCGGCAAGUUAAAAGACAAGAUGAAGACUAUGAUGAGCAGGUUGAGGAAUCGCUACAAGAUGAGGAUGAUAAUGAUGUUUAUAUUCUGACUAAAGUGUCAGAUAUUUUACACUCAAUAUUCAGUAGCUACAAGGAAAAGGUGUUACCAUGGUUUGAACAGCUGCUUCCACUAAUUGUCAACCUGAUUUGUCCACAUAGACCGUGGCCAGACAGACAAUGGGGAUUGUGCAUCUUUGAUGAUGUCAUAGAACACUGUAGUCCAGCUUCAUUUAAGUAUGCAGAAUAUUUCUUAAGGCCAAUGCUCCAGUAUGUGUGUGACAACAGCCCAGAAGUCAGACUUAUCCUGGGACUUAAAGAACUUACAGAAGUGGGAAACAGAAGCUUGCAGCUUAACGCCUUCAGGUGGUAUGCAAUGUAA